UUGCGUUGCCUUCAACUUAGUUAUGGGAUUUAGUUGUAUUAAAACGGUCGCCUCGAAAGUGUGUUCCACUCGUGAAAAUGUCGCGAAUAGCAAAUCGCAUCCAUUGGCUCUUUAUCCUUCUGCUAGCAUUGAGUGGCCUACUCUCAACGCACAUCGCCGACGCCACCGAAGAUAUUACACUGAAAUGCGAUGAAUUUGAGCGGAUGUACGAGAUGUCCGCGAGUGAGGCGUAUUGCACGGUUUCCGGUUUUGUCGUAUCGCACAGUCAAAUUGUGAAAAUACAAAAGUACGCCAAGGCAAAUAAUACGAAAUUUAUGAAAUUCUACGAUUCGCGUCUACUUUAUGUCCCUUUCAAGCUGUUCGAUGUGUUCGCCUGCCUGAAGACGUUGGAUGUGUCCUUCACGGAGAUUUUGGAUGUGCCACGCAAUACUUUCGGCGCCGCAGGCAACUUGACCGUACUUAAUAUGAGCAAUAACAAUAUUACACAAAUCACCACAUCCGUUUUUAUGGGCGCUAGCAAUUUGAUGCGACUCGAUCUUAGCCACAAUCACAUCGAGUUGCUGAAUGAGAACGCUUUCCGGGGUUUGAGUAGCUUGGAUAAGCUGCAGCUUUCAUAUAAUUCGAUACGUGAACUACCGAAGGAUCUGCUGUUGGAGAAUCAGUAUCUGGAGGCGAUAGCAAUAAACAAUAAUCACUUGGAGUACGUUGAGCCGGAAGUGUUUAAUCGGUUGCGCCGUCUAAACGAUGUCAACUUGUCCUACAACAACAUCUACCGCGUACAUCCUGACACUUUUCAAGCGGCAUACGGUUUGGAGAGCCUGCUGUUAACCUCAAAUAACUUAACAGAAUUCGAGCUGGGCAAUAAAAGUAUUCUGUCGCAGCUGCAAGUAGAUUACAAUAACUUAACGCGCAUCUUCAUUAACGGUACAAAGUACGUGCGCGCCGAUCACAAUCGCAUUGCUGAGGUGCAAAUGAUCAAUACACUCUUCUUGGAAACGCUGCUGCUGGGCUCCAACAAUCUCAGUGAUAUCGCAAAUAUUACAAACAUCACCGGCCUGCUGCAGCUCGACUUGUCCAACAAUCCCAUUGGACCGGUCAAUAUCACCACUUUUGAUCGCCUAAAGCGACUGCGCAUGCUCUCCUUGCGCGCCAUCGGUCUGCAGCGCCUCACCUUCGGCAUGCUCUCCAAGCAGCUCAGCCUCGAGAGUCUCGAUUUAUCGUACAACAAUUUAACUGAACUCAAUUUGGAUAUAUUUGUGCCAUAUUUGUCCAACCUGCGCUACCUUUUCGUCGAUGGCAAUAAUCUGACAGAGGUGCAGGGCAAGGGUGGCUUCUCCUAUGUCUUUCCGAAUCUCUCCAAACUGGGCGUAUCGCGCAAUCGCUUCAACUGCACCUACCUGCACACGCUGCUCGUGCCGCCACAACUAUCCACCUCGGUGAUGCUGCACAUCGAACCGGAGGAGAGCGCCGCCGAGCGUGCGCACAUACGUGACGUCUCUUGCAUUAGCAGUAGUAUGGCGACGGACAGAGCCUCGUUGCAGGAGGUGGAGCACGAAUUGGACGAUAUGACUUCGUUGCAGAAGGUGCUGCAACAGUCGAUGAAUACUUUGCGUUUGCACGAGCAACGUCUGGAGGUGUAUUUGCUGUUGAUGAAGAUCGCUUUGUUGGCGAUGAUUGUGCUGUUGAUCGGCGUGGUGGCAGUGUAUGCGUGGAAAAUCAAAAGACGCGAUUACUUUACAAGACGUGGCGCGAGCAUAGUUUUUCAUUCAAGCGCCACCGUUAACUCGAAUGUAGAGCAUUAAGGAGCAGAUUUGCUGCGGAAGACGGACUGGUGCUGAAACCAAAGAAUAUGUUAUGUGUGCUUAUUUAAAUUAGUGAUAGAAAAUAUAUAACUUACUUCAUAGAUGUAAUUAAGGCUUUUUAAUAUUUGGUGAAUUCUUUACAAACCAAAAAAUAAGUGUGUUUUGCACAAAAUAUGUAAAAAAAGAAAAAAUAAAA